AUGAAGGGGCAGCAGGAGGAAUAUGGCGAGAUGGUCGAGAUCGACGUCCUUCCGCGCCCGCCGCAACAUUACUACCAAUAUGACCAGCCCAACAGCCCUCAUCAUAACCCGUAUCAGCAUCCCGACAGCGAUACCAGCUCCAGCUAUAGGAGAAGAAGUCCCCAGGAGCUCAUGUCGCCCUCCAGGCCUCACCGGGUGCCCUCAGACGACUACGGCUCCCCGGGAUGGCCCUCGCCCGUGGCCUCACGGCCCAAUUCGCAGCUGUACCUAGGCGAGUAUGGCUACGACUCCCGCCCGAGCACGCCGCCCCAGCUGAGGAGCCCCCGGCCCGGGGCGCCGUUCAUGCACACCAACUCGUCGUCGUUCGACUCGAGGCCAAACUUUGAUUCGAGGCCGCAGACGCCAAUGAACCAGAGCCAUCUCAGCUUGGCGGGGCUCCUUCCCAAUGGGCCGGCGCCGAUGCUGGACAAGGAUUGGGUCAAGCCCGGCACCAUUGCCAGGUUACACGACCGCGACGAUGCCGACAUCUGGAAGGGCUGGAGGCGGAACUUCUUCAAAUUCACCCCCUUCCUGACCUUCUUCAACAUGGCGCUGUACCUCCUGUACCUCGGGCUCCGUAUCUUUUGCGUUAUCUCGGCGCAAGCAACGUACGGCACCACGUAUGCCGCCGCUUGGAUCUUCAUCGCCGUGGAGAUCGCCGUGGCCAUCCCCUCGAUGAUGCACAACUUCUGGACCAUGUGGGCGCUCAAGAAGAGGAGGAGAGCCAAGCUUCGCCUGACCGGUUAUGACGUGCCCACCGUCGACGUCUUCAUCACCUGCUGCGGCGAGGACGACGACGUUAUCCUCGACACCGUCCGCGCCGCCUGUGACAUUGACUACCCGCGCGAUCGGUUCCGCGUCCUGCUUCUCGACGAUGCCAAGUCCAAGUCUCUGGAGGAGGCCGUCAACAACCUCUCGGUAUCCAUGUACCACAACCUGUACUACCUCGCACGCACCAAGAUCCCCGGCCAGCCCCACCAUUUCAAGGCCGGCAACCUCAACUAUGGUCUGGAGCAGACGCAUCUUCUCCCGGGUGGAGCCGGCCAGUACAUGGCCGCUCUGGAUGCUGACAUGAUUCCCGAGAAGGACUGGCUCCGUGCCGUUCUCCCCCAUCUCAUGGCCGACCCCAAAAUGGCGCUCGCCUGCCCUCCCCAGCUCUUCUACAACACCCCGCCGUCCGAUCCCCUGGCCCAGAGUCUGGACUUCUUUGUCCACGUCAUUGAGCCCAUCAAGGAUGCUCUCGGAGUCGCUUGGUGCACUGGUUCCGGAUACGUCGUCCGCCGUGAGGCCCUCGACGAGAUAGGCAACUUCCCACUCGGUUCUCUGGCUGAGGAUGUCGCGACCUCGACCAUGAUGCUUGGCAAGGGCUGGAAGACGGCCUACAUCCACGAGCCCCUCCAGUUCGGCACCGUUCCUGACGACUACGCCAGCCACUUGAAGCAGCGCACCCGCUGGGCCAUCGGCACCGUCGACACGGCCUUCAAGCUCAACUUCUGCCUGUGGGGCGACAAGGUCCGCCAGAUGACUUUCGCGCAGCGCUUCUCGGGUUUCCUGUACGCGUCGCUCAGUCUGUACACCCUGCUCCUGACCAUCUCCCUGUUCGCCAUCCCCAUCAUCCUGGUCAUGGGCAAGCCCCUCGUCGCCUACGCCAACGACGACCAGCUCCGCUGGCUCAUCUGGGCCUGCUUCGCCGCCACGAUGGCCAACCGCCUGUGCGAGUUCGCCCUCUUCAUCCCCGCUGGCUACCACACCGGCCAGCGCGGCUCCCGCUACCAGCUCUGGAUGUCUCCCUACAUCGCCCUCUGCAUCGUGCGCGCCUUCAUCCUGCCCAAGUGGCUCGGCGGCCAGGCCCAGGCCUUCAAGCCCACGGGCUCGCUCGACUCGAAGCUUAACGAGCGCGACGCCGUGCGCCGCAAGAACAUGCUGCGUCGCCUCUGGGCCAUCCUCGUCAACUGCAUGGCCAGCUUCCACCUGGCCUUUGUCUACCUGACGCUCGUGGCCGUCGUCAUCACGUCGUACCGCUGCUUCUUCACGCAGACGGGCGCCCGCAACAUCAUCACGUGCCUCCUCACGCACGCCUUCUGGCCGCCGCUGACCUUCCUGUUCAUCGUCAGCUCGCUCUGGACGCCCAUCUCGUACGCCAUCGACCCGCCCGACGUGCCCGAGCGCGAGCAGCUGCUGGACCGCGACUCCAAGACGCACGUGGCGCACCCGACGCGCAAGAGCAAGAAGAUUGCCUUUGCGGGCCAGGCGGCGUGGUUCGAGUUUGAGUACACGUUUGCGACGGCGUAUACGAUCCUGAUCUUUGUCGUUUCCUUUAUCUUUUAG